AUGAAGAGCCUAUCAAUAACUGCACCUGAUGUUCAGCAGGCUUUUAUGGAUGGAAAGUUCACAGUGCGAAGAAAGCAGGGUCGGUUCAAUGGUGUUUGGACAGUCAUGGGACUUGAGCAGACAUACAACUGUGAGGAAUACGAGGCUACUAAAAGUGUUUUUCGGGUCAUUGAUGAAAAGUUGAUCAAUCCUUUCACUUGUGAUUCAACUGACUUGAUUAACUUGAUUUCUACUGGAGAGAAAGCUAUUUCCUGUGAUCUGGUAAAGGCAAAGGAAAGGGGUCUUCAAGCCAUAGCUGCAGCACAAGAUAAGGGUAGUGACAAAAUAGAAAUAGUGAAACUGCAGACAUUUGCCACAAAGGAACUAGAUGAAGAAAAGAAGAAAGAGAUUCUGAGUUAUGAGUGGACCAAAUAUCCAGCAUCUUUAUUUGAACCAGAGGCAAGUCUAUCACAAGGUUAUGCCAUGCGAAAAAGUAAUAAAGCUGAUGAACCAACUGUUUUGGUUGUUGAUGCAAUGACUUUCGUCCAAUGCUACCAACAUCUUGGAUGUAAUACCUUUGGAGCAAAACCUGAGAAAAAUCCUAAUCACAAAAGAACUUCCAAUGGAUGUGGAUCUAUGGGUCUAGAGAUAGAUACCGAGUCGAUGCCUGAGAUGACCAGAUGCUGUGAUAGACACGAUAUAUGUUAUGACACAUGUGGCAAUAAUAGAAAUGAAUGCGAUGACAGAUUCAAGAAAUGCCUGGAUAAAAUGUGUAAAAUGUACAAAGAUGAGAAAAAACUAUCAAAGCAGCAGCUCAGCGGUUGUAAGACAACUACUGAUUUGAUGUAUGCAGGCACUGUUGGAUUAGGAUGUAAGUCAUACUUGGAAGCUCAAAAGAAUGCCUGUAUAUGUAGGAACAAAAAGAAGAACACGGAGUUAUAACCUUUCUUAGCUCUGCUAUCAAGUUAGUUGACAGAGUGGAGCUGUUCAUAUUACUGAUUGCCCAUCCAUCAUCUUAAUAUUUUCAUAGCUGUAUGGGUUUUAUACUCACUAAUACCGGUACUACUCUCACAGAUUUGUUCAAUUCGUUAUAACUUUAAUUCACUAAUUUAAGUGUAUCUUAA